AUGGCCGUCGACAAAGACGAAUCACCCAACCCGCUCGUCAUCACAGGGAAAGCACCCGACGCCUCUCUCUCGGUACAACUCCACCCACUGGUGCUUCUCACAAUCUCCGACUACAUCACCCGCCAUACUCUUCGCUCACAAGAAGGCCCCAUCGUCGGCGCAAUCAUCGGACAGCAGAACGGUCGGAAUUUCACACUAGAACAUGCGUUCGAAUGUCGACUGGCGGAGCAGAAGGGCGCGGUGGUGUUGGAUAGUGACUGGUUCGCUGAGAGAUUAGAGCAGUACAAAGAUGUGCACAAAGCUCCAGCACUAGAUCUAGUGGCGCUGUUCACGAUGGGACCUGUGGAGGGGCCGCAAGAGGUUCACCUACCGGUGUUGAAGCAGAUGCAGCAGCUCACGGGCAAUGAUGGUAUUAUGCUCCUGCUAUUUCAUGGUGCCCUUAUAGAUCAGUUGCAGGGUGGGAAGUUGCCAAUCAGCCUAUAUGAGAGUGUGCAGGAGCAGGAUGGGGAGAAAGUGUCGUUCCGGGAGAUGAGUUUUGAGGUCGAGACGGGUGAAGCGGAGAUGAUUGCUGUGGAUACUGUUGCCAAAGGUGGGAGUACGGCUGUCGCUGUGCAGAAGGCAGAUACCGCGCAGACGACGGAGGGUGCUAGUAAGAACCAGAAGGGAAAAGGGAAGGGGAAGGGGAAGGAUAAGGAGGAUGAGGCGAAUGGUGAGGCGGCCGCUGGUACACUCUCGGCUGAGGACGACGAACUCAUUGCCUCUUUGACGGCCAAGUCGAAUGCUAUCAAGAUGCUCAACCAGCGCAUCAAUCUCAUUCGCUCAUACCUCGAGACACUACCGAGCAGUCAACUCACAGACGCUUCUUCAACGACACCACCACCGGACACAACGAAUCACGCACUCCUCCGCAGCAUCAACGCCAUGCUCUCCCGUAUCCCACUCCUAGCUCCACCAAUUGCUGAAACCCCACGUCUCACCUCAACCGAGACCAACGGCGACACGACCACGACGCACCCGAAGCCCGCAAACGGCCCACUAAGCGCAGGCACAAAAGAGCGGCAAGACGUGCACCUCACUUCGCUACUCGCUAGCCUCUCUCGCUCGAUUGCCGAGGCUCAGAGCAUGGGAUCGAAAUUCCACAUUGUAUCACGCGAACGCGAGAACAAAUCUCGGAGCUCUGCAUUCGGGGGCGGUGGCGGUGGGGGAAGAGGUAACGGCGGGAUGAUGGUAGGAAGAUUUGGAGACGAUGGGAAUUUUGCUGGAGGCGAGGCUGGAGGGCUUUAG